AACAUAACUCGACACAACCACCAUCCAUUCAACUCCAAUCCAACUCAUACACUACACCCUUCUCUCCUCCGACCCAUCCCCCCAAGUAAUCCCGAUCAAUUGCGUGCAUGCCCCCCUUCGUCUCGCGCAAGCGUGUCUCCGACGAGGAUCCGCCCGCGCCCAAACGUCAUAAUGCGACGCCCGCCGUCGCCGCCGCCGCCGCCGCACUCGACGACGACGCCGACUCCUCCUCUAGCGACUCGUCAUUAAGCGACGUCCCUGACGAAUUACAAGACACCCCAAACCCAGGUAUCACCAAUGAAGAUUCAGACGAGGACAGCGAGUCCGAGGAGGAGGUCGACUGGGAGGAUGCAUUCGAGUCCGGCACCGCCAGCGCCAGCGCCAGCGCCGGGGCCGCCACGCCACUGACACCCUCGAUCCUCGCUCCUCACCACCACCACCACCACCACCAACACCAGGACCUCGAAUUGACCCUCGACAAGAACGAAGUCCACCUGGCCGACAUCGUCGAGGGCAAGAAGGCCCCCCCCAAGAUCGAGCGCCAGAUCCGCAUCACCACCCACUGCCUGCACGUGCGCUUCCUGCUCUACCACAACGCUCUGCGCAACGCCUGGGCCAACGACCCGAAACUCCACGAGAUCGUCCGGCGGAAACUCCCGCCUGCCCUGCACAAGGAAGUCAAGAAAUGGCGUGUCUCGUCGGGGCUGGAGCUGCCAGAGCAGAAGCCGCCUGAAAAGAGACCAACCCGCAAGGGCAAGGGCAAGGGCAAGCAAAAACAGAGUCGUCCGUCUGAGCGGGACUGGACCGAGGGCUCCGAGCGGUUGGAGGCAGGACAGCCCGACAUGAGUCGCGGGGACCCGAUCAUCCCACUGCUCAAGGUGCUGGCCGCCUACUGGAAGAAGCAGUUCACGAUCACGGCGCCGGGCCUCCGCAAGCAGGGGUACCGACCGAUGGCGCAGCUGGAAGCGCAGAUCGCCUCCCUCCGGAAAGACGAGCACGAUCCCGCCGUCCACGGGGAGCGGAUCGCGGACCUCGACGAGUUUCGCCAGGCGGCCGAGCGUAUGCAGGGCUCGCGCGAUCUGGGCGCGCAGCUCUUCACGGCGCUGCUCCGCGCCCUCGGCAUCGAAGCCCGACUGGUGGCCAGCUUGCAACCGCUGGGGUUUGGUUGGACCAAAGCCGAGACCUACACCCCCAAGCAGCAACCGACCAAGCCCGCCGACACCGAGCCGACGACCGACGCCGACGCCGAGACCAAACCGCCAUCGCGCAGCAGCAACAGCAACCGCAACAGCAAAAACCCCAAGGGAUACGACAAAGACCUCCCAUUCCCGAUCUACUGGACCGAAGCGGCCUCGCCGAUCACGCACGAGAUCAUCCCGGUCGACGCGCUCGUCCUCCCCAACGCCGUGGCCACCACCCCAGAGCUACAAGCGGCCUUCGAACCGCGGGGCGCCAAAGCCGAGAAGGCCAAGCAAGUGAUCAGCUACGUGAUCGCGUAUUCCUCCGACAAGACGGCCAAAGACGUGACGACGCGGUACCUCCGACGACGGACCUGGCCCGGCAAAACCAAAGGCUUCCGCAUCCCCGUUGAGAAGAUCACCAUUCAGCCGCAAAACAAAAACAAACGCAGCCGCACCGCAACCCCAACCGUAAUCACCUACGACUGGUCGCGCGUCGUCCUGCGCGUCUACGAGCGCUCCCCGAAGCACGAGACAGCCCUCGACACCCUAGAAAACAGCACCACGCUCCUCCCCAACCAACCCGAACGCAAAAACCCCACCACUAGUGACAAACCCGCCGACACCCUCCAAAGCCUCCGCACCUCCCCCGAAUUCGUGUUAGAGCGCUUCCUCCGCCGCGAAGAAGCCCUCCAACCGGGCGCCCAACACAUCCGCACCUUCACGUCGGGCAAAGGCCCCAAAGCCAAAACGGAACUCGUCUACCGCCGCGCCGACGUCGUGAAAUGCCAAUCCGCGGAGAGCUGGCACAAGGAAGGCCGGCAGAUCCUACCGGGCCAAACCCCCCUGAAACACGUGCCCAUCCGCGCCGUCACCCUGCUCCGCAAGCGCGAGGUGGACGAGUACGAGCGCGAGACCGGCCAGAAGCCCAAGCAGGGCCUGUACGCCAAGUACCAGACGGAGUAUAUCAUCCCACCGCCCAUCGUCGACGGCGUCAUCCCCAAGAACGACUACGGGAAUAUCGACUGCUUCGUCCCGAGCAUGGUGCCCCGGGGCGCGUGUCACGUCCCCUGGCCGGGGACGGUGCGCAUCUGCAAGAAGUUGGGCAUCGAUUAUGCGGAGGCCGUUACGGGGUUCGAGUUCGGGUCCAAAAUGGCGGUCCCCGUGAUUCAGGGGGUGGUGGUCGCGGUGGAGAAUGAGGAGCUCGUUAAGGAUGCGUGGCGCGUGGAGGAGGCGGAGAAACGGAAGAAGGAGGCCCGCAAGGCGGAGGCGAGGAUCUUGCAGACCUGGCGCAAGUUUUUGUUUGGGUUGCGGAUUGCCCAGCGCGUGCGGGAGGAGUAUGGGGGUGGGGAUGAGGGCGAGGAGGGCGAUCUGGAGAGGGAGGAGAGGAAUCCGUUCACGAGGCAGGUGGUGGGGGCUGCUGCGGGGGGGGCGGAUGAGGGGGGCUUCCUUCUCCCUGGCGAGGGCGAAGGCGACUCGUCAGACCGAGGCGGAGGCUUCCUCCUUCCCGACCAAGAAGGCGAAGCCAACGACGAAGACGACGACGACAACGACAACGAAAAGCUGAUCAUCGUCCAUCAACGUCGCAAACGGGCUACCCCGCCUCUAGCUGUUGCUGCUGAUACUGAUGAUGAUGACGCCAUCUCGCUCAGCUCUUCCAGCUCCGACGAGGAACUGUCCCCUCCUCCGGACGAGAUUCCCGACUCGGAAGACGACGAUGACGAAUUUGUUGCCGAGUAUAAACCGCCGCCGACACGCAGACGCACGCGUGGUGGGGGUAGAGGCAGGGGUAGAGGCAGAGGUAGAGCGAGAGGGAAAUGAUGGCCUGCCUGCUUGCUUGCUUACAGCCAAGGCUCUUUCGGUGUAUUUUUUGAUCAGUGGCGUUGGUGGAUUGGAACCCUAAUCGGAUCAUGUAGAAUAGACAGGUGGUGUAUGGUGUACACUGGCGGGAAGUGAAAUACGAAACAUGUAUUAUAUUAUGAUGUAUGGGUCUGGUUUCUACUAUUUAUGUCAUGGGUAUAACUAUC